ACAUUCUGUGUGAAGAGGUUGAAGAAUUUGAAUAAAGUUCGUUUAGUACAUGCAGAGUUUAUUUGGACCGAGCCUCAUUCCAAGAGAAUCAAAGUCAAGCUGAAGGUUCAGAAAGAGGUUCUUCACGGAGCUAUCCUUGAGCAGGCCUAUACUGUUGAAUAUGUUAUCCAAGACCAAAUGUGUGAAUCUUGUACGAGGGUUCAGGCUAAUCCCGACCAGUGGGUGGCUGCAGUGCAACUGCGACAGCAUGUUUCUCACAGGCGGACGUUCUUCUAUUUGGAACAGCUUAUUCUUAAGCAUGAUGCCGCUGCUCGUGCUAUAAGGAUUAAGCAAAUGGAUCAAGGAAUUGAUAUUUUCUUCUCUAAUCGUAGUCAUGCUGUGAAAUUUGUGGAGUUUAUAGGGAAAGUGGUUCCAAUUCGGAGCCGUAAUGACAAACAACUGGUGUCUCAUGAUACCAAGAGCAGCAUUUACAACUACAAGUAUACUUUUUCAGUUGAAAUUUGCCCAGUUUGCCGUGAGGACUUGAUUUGUCUUCCGCCAAAAGUUAAAGAUGGUUUGGGGAAUCUAGGGCCACUUGUGAUCUGCACCAAGGUGAGUAAUAACAUUGCUUUACUUGACCCAUUUACUCUCAGGAACUGUUUUCUGGACGCGGAACAGUAUUGGAGGGCGUCUUUUAAGUCCCUACUUUCGAGUAGGCAGCUUGUGGAAUAUAUAGUUCUAGAUGUUGAGAGUGUUUCUUCUGAGGUCAAUAUUGGUGGAUCUAAGUACGCUUUGGCAGAUGCCCAAGUAGCUCGUGUAUCUGAUUUUGGCAAGAAUGAUACAAUUUUCAAUGUACGAACACAUCUGGGGCAUCUUCUAAAUCCUGGGGAUUAUGCACUUGGGUAUGACUUAUAUGCUGCUAAUAGUAAUGAUAAUGAGCUGGACAAGUAUAAAGGUUUUGUUCUCCCAGAUGUGAUACUUGUUAAGAAAAGCUAUGAAGAGAAAUGGCAGAAGAAGUGUGGGAAGCCUCGUUCAUGGAAACUGAAAUCUCUAAAUAUGGAGAUUGAUGACAAUGUAAAGGGUAGAGACCAUGAAGAGAAGAUGAGCUCUGAGUAUGAACAAUUCUUAAGAGAUUUAGAGGAGAAUCCUGAUUUGAGAUUCAACAUAUCUCUUUAUCGCAACAGGGAGUAUCAGCCAUCAGAAAUGGCAUCUGUGGCUGAUGGGGAUGAUGCCCCUACUGUCGCAUUGGAGGAAUUGUUGGCUGAUCUUGAUUUAAGUGAAGAGGAAGCUGACAAUGAUAGCAUGAGGGAGUGAAUCAAAUACUUGAACCUGCGCGUUGUUUAUUGGAUGCUAAAUUCUCUGAUGAAUUUCGUAAAGCUCAAGGAAUCAGUUUUGUUUGGAGCAAUUAGGUCCGGAGUCCGCACACAGCCAUCUUUUCCCGAGUAGAAGUGAAGGACUGCUUCUCAAUGGAAGGAAUGCAUUUUGAAAGAUUCAGUUAGAUUGGCAGACGAAAAACCAAGUUGGAACAAACUAUACUUUAAAAUUUUCGUUUCUUUUAUGGUGUGGAUCUAUGGCAUGUUUAAUUGUUGUUCCAUGAUUUGUUUAUAUGUUUUCUAUAAACUACUUCUGUGUUGAUGCUAAAAGCUUAAUCUCUCU